UUUAAUUUUUGGGCGGUACUACCUAGUCCAAACUGAAAGCGGAUCACAUAUUUCUGAGGAAAACGCUGCGUUGCCUUAAACCUCGUAAACCCCUUUCUCAUGGCCGCCCUGAAGCUCCUCCUCUCAUCCGCUCGCCGUCACUGCCUCUUCCAACCUCACUCCCGUCUCCACCCGUCUCCAUUUCUAAGCUAUCACAGAUCCCUAAGCUCCGAAUCGGACCCAAACCCGAAUCAGAACCCUCCGCAACCUCCUAGACGCCAACCAGUGCCGGUCGAACCCGUUUCAUACACUCUCAAACCCAAGGAGCAAUCCCUACCUGAACCAGAUGCGACUCCCCAAGCAGCACAAACAUCACCGCCGCCGCCACAAAGCUCCGGUGACUCGCCCAACCCAUCGAGUCAGGACACUCGCGCCACCUGGACCCGUGAAGAGGCGCGAUUCAUCAGGGACGUGCCAUCUAUAUCUCCGGUAUCGUACCCGGUGAAAGUUGCUCCGUUACCGGAAGAUCGGGUCGCGGAGGAGAGCGGAGGUGGUGAAUGGAGCUGGAAAGAUGUGGAUGGCGUGAAGGAGUUGGAGAGAGAGAAGAGGAGGAUCGAGGCCGAUGGUCGGAUGAGAAGGAGGCUUUUUAGGGUUCCUGAGGAGGAGGUGGCAGUUCCUUUUCCCGCGUUGAUUAAGGUUGAGAAGAAGGAGAGCAAGCCCAUUCUCGAUGUCAUGGACGCAAUUCGCCAAGUCAAGGCUAAUGCCAAGUGCAAUUUUGAUGAAACUGUUGAAGCUCAUGUACAAUUGGGUAUCGAUGCAAAGCGAAAUGCAGUUCGUGGUAACAUGACUUUGCCGCAUGGAAGUGGGAAGGUUGUCAGGGUUGCUUUCUUUGCUGAAGGCUCAGAUGCAGAAGAAGCUAGAGCUGCAGGAGCAGAUAUUGUUGGCGGUGUUGAACUGGUGGAGGAAAUUGCAAGCAGUCAUAAGCUCAAUGUUGACAAGUGUUUUGCAACAAAUGAAAUGAUUAUGCGUCUGGCAAAGAUUGCAAGAAUUCUUAGAGAGCGUGGUUUGAUGCCUGACCGUAAACUAGGUACUGUCACCAAUGACAUUACUGGAGCACUACAGAAAGUAAGACAAGGUCAUAUUGAGUAUAGAAUGGACAGAACAUCAAUUGUACAUGUGGGACUUGGAAAGGUGAGCUUUACAGAGGAUUAUCUGCGUGAGAACAUCGGAGCAUUUAUGAGUUCUCUUUUGCUGGCAAAGCCUACGGGUUUAAAAAAGUCUUCCAAGUAUGCGGGUUAUAUUAACUCCUUCCAUAUAUGUAGCACGAUGGGUCCAGGAUUUCCGGUUUCAAUACAGUCGUUAUCCAAAGCUGCAGAUCACUACAACAAAGUGCACCUUAAGGCUUAAGUGACGCGCUCUGUUAACAUUUCCGACCUAGAUCAAAGUAUUUCUGUUUUCCGAUUUGGCUGAGGAUGUUCAACAUACUCUUCUAUGUGUAAAUGCAAUAAUGUUCUUUGACUAUAUGGAAAACGUAGAGGUGAGACGGGUCCUUAUCGGUCA